AUGCAUUCAGUUCUAUCAUCUACCAGCCUCGUGCUGUCUGUGCUGGCCACAGCCGUCUUCGCCUCCCCUCAAUAUGGCGACUCCAACUCCGACUCAGCCUCCUCCACAGCGACAGCGUCUUCCUCCACCUCAUCUUCCUCCGCUUCAGGGGUCCACUCGGUCCAAGUCGGUCCAGGACUGUCCUUCAGCCCUGACACCGUGGCGGCCGCCCAGGGCGAUUGGAUCGAGUUCACCUUCGGAUCCGGCCACUCGGUCGCCCAGAGCACCUUCGACAAGCCCUGUGUGCCCAUCAGCAGCGGCGCGGGCGUCUAUUCGGGCUUUCCCGACGACGGCGAUGUCUGGCGAAUCAUGGUCAACAGCACCGAUCCUCUGUGGCUGUACUGUUCCGCACAGGGCCACUGUGAAGGCGGGAUGGCCCUGGUCGUGAACCCACCCAACAAUGACAAGACUCUCGAUGCAUACAAGUCAGCGGCCAAAGAUGCUCAAGGCUCAUCCCCAAGCACCGUUCAAGGUGGCGUCUUUGGGGCAGCAAGCGAGAGCAGCAGCAGCAGUGCGAGCGGUUCAGCGUCAGGUAGUGCUAGUUCCACCGGUUCAAGCGCAAGUGCCGCUACUUCUGGAAACAGUGCCGACACCAUAACUGUUAAAAAUGGACUGCUUCUUGCAGGGGCAGUGGCGGCGGGUGUUGCUGCUGUGCUGUAG